AAGUGUAAUCAUUGUGAGAAAGACUUUGUUGAUUUAAUCAGUAGAUUAAAUGACCAUUUAUUGAAGUGUACAAAGCUUCCAAAAAGUGUAAAGGCUUCACUAAAUAUUCAAAACUCUGACUCUAUGUCA